AUGACAUCUCAUGAAGGUAGUACCACGAAUGAUGACUCACACGAAGGCCGGAUAGCCCAGUCCGUCAAAGCGCAGAACCGAGCUGUCUUCGCCUGGCUACCUCCUCAUCACUCAGCCUAUUGUCAAGCGAUCUCAGAAUUUACUUGGUAUCUACUUCGUGUUUCGGAUGAGAGAUUUCCGCCUCCACCUACCAAUUCAGAACUUGCGCUUCUUCCUAUGCUUUCAACCGCUGCUAUACUGGACAACACUGCUGUGUUCGCUGUCGAUUUAAGCCCCAACAACCUCCCCAGCACUCAGGUAUUAUCAGGUCGACGGAAGGCAUCGUGGAUUAAUCAUAAGGGACUGUUUCUUUACGAUUUGGCUCAAUCAGGCGUGCCACGUGCAACAUUGGAGUGGAUAGUUUCAAAAGACUCGCGCUGGAACGACAUCAUGUUGGCAUUUGUUGCCAAACAUUUCACCUGGGCGCUGGAGCAGAAUGCAUUUUCACGAUAUUCCAUAAACCCAACCCAUAUUACCAAUGAAAAACUCUGGGGUGUUUUGGAGAGAUGGGUACGUGGACGUGCACAGGAAAGAGAUAAGAUGAUGCGUAAUCCUGAAUCCGACUUUCAAAAAUUGAAAGUAAACAAUACACGAAAGAAAAGUCUCUUUGAAUUCCGAAAACAAACGAUUAGCACUUAUCUUGGCAAAGAUGCGCUAGCAUACCUUCCAAGUAUGGAUUGCUGUUCGGAUACUGAGGACGUUGACGGAAAGUUGUACCGUGUAAACCCAAUUUGGCGAGAAAACCUCUACUCUCAAUGGCUUCACAGUGUUGAUGAGUUAUCGAUCAAGCAUGAGAAAGAAACUCGAGGGUUAAGGUCAGCGGUUCGUAGAUUGGAUGGUCGUCGACAGCCCGCAAGGCGUGAGGAUCACCAGGCUUCUAUUGCACCAAACUUGCCAGCACAAUGUUACCACAGUACUGUGGUAUCAAAUAUUCCAGAGACUGAAAGGUAUCUAGUUAUCAGUAAUGACUCGAGUGUUGAGAAUCUUGAAUCCCUUCUGUCAAGAACAAAGUCACAACUGCGAUAA